CCCCGCCGGACGGCUCCACUCCCUCCCUCCGCUGCAGGGGGGAGCCCGGCGCCCUAACACUGGUAAUUGCUCUUGCCUCGCCCAACUGCAGCCCCCUCUCGCGCCGCCUGCGAAGACAAGGUCAGUGGCCGCGAAGUUGGAACGUGAUCGGAGCCACGAGGCCCAGUGAGGCGGCACCGAGCGGUCAGCGCAACGCGCUCCCCCUGUCCCGGGCGCCGAGUGCGCCCCUCCCGGGGCCCGCCUGUGCUCCGGGCGGAGCGCGCUAGCUGCUCGGGCGUGGGGCGUUCUUGGUGCGCCGGGCCGUGGUGAGUCCGGGCUCCCGUGGCCGCGUGUUGGGAGGAGACUAGAGCCGGGUUAGGAAGAAUGGAGUUGGCGACUCGCUACCAGAUCCCUAAAGAAGUGGCUGACAUCUUUAACGCCCCCAGUGAUGAUGAAGAGUUUGUUGGCUUCCGAGAUGAUGUUCCCAUGGAAACCCUCUCGUCAGAGGAGAGCUGUGAUAGUUUUGACUCACUGGAGUCAGGGAAACAGCAGGAUGUGCGCUUUCAUUCCAAAUACUUCACAGAAGAGCUAAGAAGAAUUUUUAUAGAGGACACUGACUCAGAGACUGAGGAUUUUGCAGGAUUUACGCAGAGUGAUCUGAAUGGAAAGACUAACCCAGAAGUAAUGGUCGUGGAGUCAGAUUUGAGUGAUGAUGGCAAAGCAUCUUUGGUGAGUGAGGAAGAGGAAGAUGAAGAAGAAGAUAAGGCUACCCCGAGAAGAAGCAGGUCUAGAAGAAGUAGUAUUGGUCUUCGAGUAGCCUUUCAGUUCCCCACCAAGAAGCUGGCCAACAAACCAGAUAAAAACAGUUCUUCCGAGCAGUUGUUUUCUAGCUCACGCUUACAGAAUGAGAAAAAAACAAUUCUUGGAAGAAAGAAAGGCCGUAGACAGGUGAUACAAAGGGAAGAUUCUACCUCUGAGUCUGAGGAUGACUCUCGGGAUGAGAGCCAGGAGAGUUCAGAUGCUUUGCUGAAAAGGACCAUGAACAUCAAGGAGAACAAAGCCAUGCUUGCCCAGUUAUUGGCGGAAUUGAACUCGAUGCCAGAUUUCUUCCCAGUACGAACCCCAACCUCAGCUUCUAGGAAGAAAACAGUGAGGCGGGCCUUCUCGGAGGGACAGAUCACGCGGCGCAUGAACCCAACCCGGAGUGCGCGGCCUCCUGAGAAGUUUGCUCUAGAGAACUUCACUGUCUCAGCCGCUAAAUUUGCAGAAGAGUUUUACAGCUUCCGAAGAAGGAAGACAAUUAGUGGGGGGAAAUGCCGGGAGUACAGACGACGUCACCGUAUAUCUUCUUUUCGGCCAGUGGAGGAUAUCACCGAAGAGGACUUAGAAAAUGUUGCCAUAACUGUUCGAGAUAAAAUCUAUGAUAAAGUUCUGGGUAACACGUGCCAUCAGUGUCGACAAAAGACCAUCGACACCAAGACAGUGUGUCGGAACCAGGGUUGCUGUGGUGUGCGAGGACAGUUCUGUGGACCAUGCCUGCGGAACCGCUAUGGGGAGGAUGUCAGAUCGGCAUUGCUGGACCCGGAUUGGGUGUGUCCCCCCUGUCGUGGGAUCUGCAAUUGCAGCUACUGUCGGAAGCGUGACGGCCGCUGUGCCACAGGAAUCCUCAUUCAUCUGGCCAAGUUUUAUGGUUAUGACAAUGUUAAGGAAUAUCUGGAGAGCUUACAAAAGGAGCUGGUAGAAGACAAUUAAGAGGAAAACAGAACCAGCCACCUCACCAUAGAGUACUCCAACAAGACGUGCAUACCAUUUGUGCCUAAGAUUUUUUUACAGUUGUGUUUUUAUACAGAAAUUCUUUGUAGAAAUUACUGUUUUUUUUGUUAAAGACUGUUUAUAUGCUGAAAAAGAUUUCUCAGGAAGACAGCAGAGCAGAGGAAUCUAUAUAGAUGUAUGCACAGACCUGUUUGUAUGCUGAACUUUGUUAAAAAUAACUGCCAGUGAUUAAAAAGCACAAUUUAAAUGGGGUGGGGUUAAAGUUCAGGUAAGUGAGAGAGAAAACAUUGUAUGAGCAGCUCCUGCCUUGAUCUGUCUUUGGCUUCCCAAACAGUAACUCCAGGCCCAGUUUGCCUUAGCACGAGUGACCACAGCUUAAUAGACCACACACAUCGUUUAACCUGCUCUUGGUCAUUGGAAAUUUACACUGAACAAAGUGCAAUUAACUGCAGAACAGUUUUAUUUUUAUUAAAACUUGACUGAACAAAAGGGGACCGUCAACAUUGUAGACACUGGUGGCCUCACAGAGUGCUAGCCUCUUCCUUCAGGACUCACCUGGGGCCUGCUGCUAUACUUUACUUUUUAAUUUAAUUUGUUGUUUAAAAAUUAAUCAAUCUCCCUUCUUUCUGGCUGCAUUGCUUUUGCAUGUUCAGGUAUGAUGUACUUUUUUUCGAGAUGGAGUCUUAUUCUGUUGCCCAGGCUGGAGUGCAGUGGCGCAACCUCGGCUCACUGCAACCUUUGCCUCCUGAGUACCUGGGACUAUAGUCGUGUGCCACCACGCCUGGCUAAUUUGUUGUAGUUCUAGUAGAGAUGGAGUUUCACCAUGUUAGCCAGGAUGGUAUCGAUCUCCUGACCCGCCCACCUUGGGCUCCCAAAGUGCUGGGAUUGGGAUUACAGGCGUGAGCCACCGUGCUCAGCCCUGAAUAAGUUUCUAAUAUUUUUUUCUGACUUUCACUCCCCUUUCUUCACUUUUAAGAAUGCACGUGUGAGUUACUAAAAAGUUAUAAUAGAAUACAUUAAUGUGCACGGGAACAGUGCAGCAACACGCUAGAAAAUCCUCACUGCAGUCCAGCUGAGGCUAGAGGAACCAGUGUUAUCUUACGCUUCUAGCAGCAGAGCCACUCCGGCUAGAACCCAUUUUGCAGUCUUCUCUUUGCUCUUCAGCCUGAAGGUCCAGAUGUAGCUGGGGCCUCUCAGUUUGGUUCUAUACACAGGGCACUCGUAGGUCUGUUUGGUUUCUUGUCUGUCCACGGGGGUGGCUUUUGCAAAGAUGACCGGCAUAGGGCAUGCCAGCUCCUUGAGACGGGCUUCAACAAUGGUUCCUGAUUGGGUGUCCCAGCGGGCGCCUAUGGCAAAAACACAACGGUUGCAAUUGUGUGGCAGGUUGCUACUGAUGAUCAAGUUGUUUGAUGUAAUAAACAUUCAACAUUCUGGUUUUGUCAUA